CUAUUGAGAGUUACCUCUCUAUCAUCCAUGACCUUAAUCAUAGCUCAUCACUAGCAACUAGGGUUAUUAAACAACUUCAAGAGUAUAUAUUAGAGAGGAGAAAGUUAAGGGGUUGGUUGAACUCUCAAGACAUGACUCAAAGAGUUGGAGUUCGUGACAAAGUCCUACGUUUGCUUUUGUGGGGCUAAAAAACGACCAAAAGAUCUUUAAUCUCUACUCUGAGCACACCCUCCCACGCUUUGCAGAAGCAUCAAAGAGCUCUCAUAGGCCAAAGGGAUUUCAAUUGCAGGUUUUUGGUUUUUUGGGAUCAGCAGCAGUGGCAGAAUUCAGUGCCCCGAGCAGCUACAGAUGAAGCUCAACAAGCAACAACAUGAACAAAACAUAUAAGAAAUCCAAAUCCCAUUACAAGAGCAAAAGAGGCCAAACAAAAGCACAAGAAUCACAAUAGAAGAGCAAAAUUUGAGCAUACACAUUCACUAUUAGUGUCCUCAUCAACUAGUCCAAACCCAACAACAGUUUCAUCAUAUGCAGAAGGCACAACAGAACCACCACCUCAGGAACCUAAUUUCAAGGCACAAAAUAUAAAGUGAGGAAUGGGAAUGAAGAGCACUGGGGGAGAGAUUGUUCAAGUACAAGGAGGCCACAUUGUUAGAGCCACAGGUAGAAAAGAUCGUCAUAGUAAGGUUUACACUGCAAAAGGUCCUCGUGAUAGAAGGGUUAGGCUAUCAGCACACACAGCCAUUCAAUUCUAUGAUGUUCAAGAUCGUUUAGGCUAUGACAGACCAAGCAAAGCUGUGGAUUGGCUCAUCAAGAAGGCCAAGUCUGCCAUUGACAAGCUUGAUGAGCUUCCUCCAUGGAACCCAACUCCUAAUAACACCACAGAAGCCACACAAGAGGGAGAUCAAAAUGCAGGGUCAAGUGAAAUGGUAAUUGCAGAACAAUCUGAGUCUUCUGGUUACAAUUUUCAGCUCCAAAGGCAAUUAGAUGAGCACCAAGAUAACCAUCACUCAGCAUUCCUUCCAUCACAAAUUGACACUGAUGCCAUAGCUUUCUUUCCCACAACAUCUGCCACUUCCUCCAUCAAUUUUCAAAGCUACCCACCUGACAUAAUCUCUAGAACAAACAACUCCUCAGAGGAUCUUGGUCUAUCUCUUCAUUCCUUCCAUGACCCUGGUUUGAUUCAUGGGCAAUCCCAAGCAGGUGCAAAUCAAACACCUUCAAAUAACCAAACCCUUUUUGCUAGCUCAACUCCCAUUGGUUUUGAUCCUAAUUACCACAGGAUUGUGACUUGGAACAAUGAUGCAACCAUAGAUAUGAACAGAACCGGGUUCAUGGUCAAUUCAACUGCAUUUCUAGGCCAAGGUUCUGCAUAUUCCCAAAGGGGGACCCUUCAGUCCAGUUUUUCACCAUCACUUCGUCCUUGGAAUGACAUUCCAAUGGCUUCCUCAGAACAUCACAAGUCCCAACCAAUUCACCAAGCUUCCAUCUUUGGAAGCAGGUUUCUAUCCGAUGCAUUGCCAGGGUUUUGCAUUCCUGCUAGAAUUCAAGGUGAGGAUGAGAGCCAUGGAGUUGCUUCCGAUAGGCCAUCCUCUUCUUCACCUCAUUCUCAUCACUGACCACAAACAUGAACUGCACAAUGCUGCAGUCUUGCUUUUCUAUCAGGAGCAUUGUCUACUAGAUUUGACAACGUGGGAAGAUUAAGAUGGACAUGUUUUGAUGAUCUGCAAAAUUUGUUUGGUUGGAUUGAACUUUUUUAUGGCUUUCUUUUCUCUUUUUAAUGCAGCCAUUAUUGGUGCUUUAUAUGUUUUUUGUUUAACGUUAAAAAUGGGUUCACUACUUCCUCGAAUCAAUGCUGCUUGAUAUGUUUUUGUAUUAAUCAAUAUGAUACUU